GCUAAAUGAGCAUUAAUUUAACGUAUUUUGGCCUAAUACUGCAUUUUUGCGUUUUAAUCAAUCACUGAAACCAUCUAAUAAUCUAUUUAGCGACAAAUGCAUCAAAUCAAAAGUACACGGUGUUCAAAAAUCAACGAGGUAGGAAAUAGUGCUAGUUUACAAUGCCAGACUGGCUCUGUCCGUGUGCCAUUGGCUUCGUAUUUAGUGUUUUUAUAAUUGCUAGUUUCUUGGUUUACUCGGGACUUUUUUCAAAAGUCGUAGUAUUAACCGGAUCCCCUCCAAUAAAAAAGGUCAUCAUUGUUUACAAGUUUAUUCAAGGACCAUACAAGAACUGCGGCCAUGUCUUCAAGAAAUCCCAGAGUAUUGGACCAACGCUGCCUUGCAUUGGAGUGUUUUAUGACGACCCUAAAAAGGUGCCUGGGCCUGACUGUCGCUGUGCAGUUGGCAGCAUCGUGAGUGAAGGAGAGAACAAAACCCCAGAGGAUCUUCUGCAGAAAUAUAUAACAUCUGGAUUCAGCGUAUUCUCCUUUCCAGAAGUUACACAUGUGGUGACUGCAUCCUUUCCCUAUCGGACAUGUCUCUCCAUAGUCCUGGGUGUCACAAGAGUCUACCCACAACUAACGCAGUACAUCAAGGAGAGGAGGCUGUGUGCCCACCCCUUCAUAGAGGUCUACAGAGCGGGCCACAUCCAGUACAUCGCUCCUCUGGCCCGGCAGGGGGACUUCUACGUCCCGGAGGUCCGGCCGCUAUCCACACACAAGGACUCUCUCAGUGAAUCUGAUGUAUCAGGUGCAGAGUCUAACAGUGAGUGCAGCUUGGGCAGUGGGGUGGCCCUGUCUGACAGCAGAGAGUCCUCCUUAAACCGGUCUUCGGUCCACUCCAAUCCUCCUAGGGCUUCUUAUGAGAGGCAGAGCAGAACCAGGAGGCCCAGGUCCAAAGAACUGAGCUGGGACCAACAUGGCCGACAGGAGGAGAGAGAGGAGAGGCUCUGUGAGGGGGAGUCUAUCCAAAAGAACCAGGAGGUCUCCACUCAGGAAUUGUGGGGAGUGGUAGGAGAGGAGGAGUAGAAACUAAACCAGUGACAAAUGUGAAUGAUGUUACCUCAAAGGGCUGUCAGUGUCAUCCAAAUCAAGGGAUAGCGUAGGCGAUUAUAAGUGGCACAUUAAAAUUUAAGCAGUAUGUAACUUUUCUAGUGGAGGAUAUGCCACCUGUGUCCAUGAAGAUAUUUGCUUUGAUUAGAUCCAAAGUAUGGCAAUAAGCAUAUCUAUAGUCAUCAAGACAAGGUGACGCUAACAGGCCAAGUUAGUCAGAUCUGUGGAAGGGAGACCACACUUUAAGAAUGCAUGUUUUUGGGGAACAAAUAAAACACCCAUAAUAAAAAAAAGCAAAAUACAUUUGUUUAAUGUAAUGCUAUGGAACAUUCCAUGUAAAGCAAUAACACAUAGCAGACCUCCCACUCUCCAUCAGAAAAGUGACAUAGUGCACCUUUAAAUGUGAUUCGGUUCAAUUACCAAAAAGCCUACUAUAGCAGUAAGUAAAAGGGACCUUAAGUUUUCAUCUAGAUGUUCUUAUUUAAAGGAACACAGCUUGAUUUAAAAACUGUGAAUAAUAUACUUAAUAAUCAUCAUCCAGGCACCCAUAGAGGGCUUAAAAUUAUUUACACACUUGAUUAGCUUUAAAAAUCAAACUGACACCACUUUUAUACCUCAAGUAUUUCUGUUUUACAAGUGCCUGCUGGAC